UGGCUACAUCCGGGUCACUUUCCUUGGUGUCACACAUCCUUUUUUGACGAAGGACCCCAUCACCUUUCAAACGUCUGCCAGGACACAUUAUUGUACGGCAUCUAAGCUGUAAUGUGUUACUAAAAUGCUGCAGUUGAUGGUGAGGUUGCUGUUAUCCCUUCAUUUUAGCACACUUCUGCUCAGUUAUGUGCACAGUUCGGUCACCCUAUUGAGCUGAAUUUUUAGGUUGACGCUGUCUUCGUGUAAUUUUAGUCCAUUUCAGAUAUUUUACCGGGCGAUGCCAUCUGGUUUCAGCUGAUUAGCCACAAUGUCUUGCACUAUCGAAAUGAAUUUUGCCCGUCUUCUGCACCACACGGAAGACUUGGCCACUGCCGAGAAGGCUAACGAAAUACGAUUCGAGCGCUACCUGGUUGCGUUGCAGAAGUUGCUGAGAGAAUUAUUGGGAUCAGAGCAAUGCCCGCCAACUGAAUAUAUUCGACAUUAUCAGUCCAGGCUUAAACAACUUGAGCUCGCUAGAGAGUUAGCCUUGUCCGUAAAUCCAGAACAACGGAAUUUGCUGUUGAAAUCCCCCGCCAUACCUCUUAUCCCUCGACCUGUUCAAGACAUGGCACUAUCACUUACCACGAAUCCCUCAGCGCCAGAUGAUGGGCGUACUUCUUCUGUCAACCCACAGAAGCGGGACAUGGACAGUGGCGUUGAAAUAGCUCAAGGUAGCUUUUCAAUCUGUGGAUAUAUUGGUGAUGGUCCCAGUCUACUUAAACAAGAACAGAAGCUCCAGGAUCGCGAAAACCGGGAACAGUUGCUUGGGCUAAAUUCAAACCGGUCGUCCCCUGAGCCGCAUAAAUCAUCGCCUACGGAUGAGCCACCAGAAAAGCAACGCGUGGCGCGUUCUCAAUUGUUGCGCAAAGAGGAGGAUCACCGCGAGGAGUUGGCGUCGGAAAUGCUUGGAAUGGCGAGACAACUGAAGGACCAAUCGACUGCGAUGAGCCACCGUUUGCAAUCUGAUCGCCAGACUGUUGAGGCGACCAUUCAGCAAGCUGACCGCAAUACAGCCGAUAUGUCUAAAGUGCUGCAGCAGUUGUCCGAAGAGCUUGGGUCCCGAUGUGCCCGGAUUGUGUGGAUCGCUCUGUUCAUAGCCUUGGUUUUGUUCUUCCAAAUGAUCGCAUUCAUGAAAUUAUUCCGGAAACGAACUCGUUCGGCCAUUUCCAAAGAUGAGCUGUGAUUCCGCUCCAGGCUUCAGAUGUUUUGGGCUUUCAUUCCUCAUUCUGUUAUCACUAAAUCUGGUCGAUUCAUGUCCUAACGCUCUUGACAGCUUUGUAUGUUUUUUUGAAGAAACAACUUGCCAUGAUUUCCUAAGUUGUUCAUUACCUUAUGGUAGUGAACUUAUAAUUUUGAAGCAGUAACUUGUGGUGGGCGUCCAUAGUUUCCUAGCAGAUCUGAUCAUCAAAGACAGCAAAAUCAGUGUUGACCCUGAUGAUUCACAGAUACUUCCUGGCCGAUCUGGUUUUGGGUCAUGUAAUGCAACUGCAUAAGCCUCUCGUUGCUCACCAUUCGGAAUCUGUCCGUAGCUACAUCAAUCCAUUAGACUUUUUUUUAACUUGUACACUUCGUUUAUUCAGAAAGGUUAGCUCUCAUUGCUGGUCGCAGCCAAAUAUGAAAUGUAAUUUGUAGGCUCGGUGCUUUGCUUGCGGAUGACACUCCUUGCAUAGUUUUUUUCGUUAGUUAAAAUCGGUCUCUCACGGGACAUGGGGUUCCGUUACAUAGGAUCGGAAUAAAAGCGAAUUUCAAGUUCUCUAGAGGUUAUUUAGCUCAAUUGCUGUG